UAUUUCAUAUCCUAGAGAAAUUCCCCGGCUUUUUCCAUUUUACUCUGCUUUGCUGCGAGUAGAAGAGAGAAGAAAGAGCUGAGUCCAGCGCAAUAGCUGCCAAAAGCCCAAAAGAAGACCAAGAACUGCACCGCGAUCACACUCUUGUCGCUCCCGUUUCCUCACCGGAACAAAAUCCCCCCAUCGUUUCCGGCUUCUCCGUUAAAUAGAAAAGCUCAAUAAGCAAGUCCGCCCAAAACCUCAACGUUUAUGCUGAUGUGAAGCCUCGCCGCACCGGAAUCUUUUCUCGAUAUAAAGUUCGCGAUUCACCGAUCCAACUCGCUGACUCGGCUCAGCUUGUUCUCGUAGUUUAAAGAUAAAAGAGGGCGAUUUUGUUGGAGAUAUCGAUGGCGCUCUCGGCUUCUGAUUUGCCUGCCAUUUACUCGUUGCUCGCCAACUCAAUGAGCCAAGACGAGACCAUUCGCAAACCAGCCGAAGCGGCUCUAUCUCAAUUCGAAAGCAGACCUGGUUUCUGCUCUUGCCUCAUGGAAGUGAUUACAGCGAAAGAUUUAGCGUCUCAAGUGGAUGUUCGAUUAAUGGCUUCUGUGUACUUCAAAAACAGUAUUAAUCGGUAUUGGAGGAACAGGCGCGAUUCCUCGGGGAUAAGCAGCGAAGAGAAACUACAUUUAAGACAAAAAUUGUUAUCGCACUUGAGAGAAGAGAAUUAUCAGAUAGCUCAAAUGCUGGCAGUGCUCAUUUCCAAAAUUGCUCGCUUUGAUUAUCCUAGGGAAUGGGCAGAGCUGUUUUCUUUUCUCGCACAACAGCUUCAAUCAGCCGAUGUUCUUACCUCCCACAGGAUUUUUAUGAUUCUCUUUAGAACUUUGAAGGAGUUAUCCACAAAACGUCUUACUGCAGACCAAAGGAAUUUUGCGGAGAUAUCAUCUCAUUUAUUUGAGUACUGCUGGCAUCUUUGGCAGAGUGAUGUACAAACAAUAUUACAUGGUUUUUCUACAAUCACUCAGAGCUAUAAUCCAAAUGCUGUGGAGCAGCAUCAUGAUGACCUUUAUCUAACAUGUGAGAGAUGGUUGUUGUGUCUAAAGAUAAUAUGUCAAUUAGUGAUUUCAGGGUUUCAAAGCGAUGCAAAGUGUGUUCAGGAAGUAAGACCAGUAAAAGAGGUUUCUCCUGUGCUUCUGAAUGCUGUGCAAUCAUUUCUUCCGUACUAUACAUCUUUUCAGAACGGACAUCCUAAAUUUUGGGACUUUAUAAAGAGGGCAUGUACUAAAUUGAUGAAGGUUCUAGUUGCAAUUCAACAAAGGCAUCCUUAUUCAUUUGGUGAUAAAUGUGUCCUUCAACCUGUCCUGAAUUUCUGUUUAAAUAAGAUUACAGAUCCUGAGCCAGACAUAUUGUCCUUUGAGAAAUUCCUGAUUAAGUGUAUGGUAAUGGUAAAAAGUGUAUUGGAAUGUAAAGAAUAUAAACCAAGUCUUACUGGACGGGUUAUGGAGGAGAAUGGUGUUACGCUAGAGCAGAUGAAGAAAAACCUUUCUAAUGCUGUUGCUGGUGUUUUGACUUCCCUUCUACCUAAUGAAAGGAUAAUACUCUUAUGCAAUGUGUUAAUAAGGAGGUAUUUUGUUCUAACUGCAAGUGAUUUGGAGGAAUGGUAUGAGAACCCUGAGGCUUUUCAUCAUGAGCAGGAUAUGGUUCAGUGGACAGAGAAACUGCGGCCUUGUGCUGAGGCUUUAUAUAUUGUAUUGUUCGAAAACCAUAGUCAACUGCUAGCUCCUAUUGUGGUGUCCGUCCUUCAAGAGGCAAUGAAUGGUUGUCCAACUUCGGUAACUGAAAUUACCCCAGGAUUACUUCUUAAAGACGCUGCCUAUGGCGCUGCUGCAUAUGUAUAUUAUGAGCUUUCAAAUUACCUGAGCUUUAAAGAUUGGUUUAAUGGUGCUUUAUCCCUUGAACUCUCUAAUGAUCAUCCAAUUAUGCGUAUCAUCCACCGGAAAGUUGCACUAAUAUUGGGACAAUGGGUCUCUGAGAUCAAGAACGAUACAAAAAGAGCUGUAUACUGUGCCUUGAUACGGCUGUUACAGGACAAAGACCUAUCUGUGAGGCUGGCCGCCUGCCGAUCAUUGUGUUUACAUGUUGAAGAUGCAAACUUUUCAGAGCAAGAUUUUUCUGAUCUACUUCCUGUUUGUUGGGGUUCAUGUUUUAAUUUGGUCAAAGAAGUUCAAGAGUUUGAUUCAAAGGUCCAGGUUUUAAAUCUGAUCUCUGUUCUUCUUGGCCAUGUCAAUGAAGUCAUCCCAUAUGCAAACAACUUGAUGCAGUUUUUCCAGAUGGUCUGGGAGGAAUCUUCUGGUGAAAGCCUUCUACAGAUACAGCUUCUUAUUGCUUUGCGGAACUUUGUCGUUGCGCUUGGAUAUCAAUCACCUAGUUGCUACAGCAUGCUCCUGCCUAUUCUUCAAAAGGGGAUUGAUAUAAAUAGUCCCGAUGAACUCAAUCUUCUGGAGGAUAGCAUGCUGUUGUGGGAAGCUACACUUUCUCAUGCCCCUGCAAUGGUGCCUCAACUCUUAGCAUAUUUCCCAUGUCUGGUGGAAAUAUUGGAAAGAAGUUUCGACCAAUUGCAGGUUGCUGUCAAUAUUACUGAAGCUUACAUUAUUUUGGGUGGAAGGGAAUUUCUUAGCACGCAUGCUUCCAGUGUGGCUAAACUUCUAGAUCUCAUUGUUGGAAGUGUCAAUGACAGAGGGCUGCUUGGAACUUUUCCUGUCAUUGACAUUUUAAUACAGUGUUUCCCCAUGGAUGUGCCCCCAUUAAUCAGCAGUACUUUACAAAAACUUCUUGUUAUUUGCUUGAGCGGAAAAGAUGAUACUGAUCCUUCAAAGACAGCUGUUAAAGCAUCUUCAGCUGCUAUACUAGCAAGGAUUUUGGUGAUGAAUACCAACUAUCUUGCACAAUUAACAGCAGAACCUUCUCUUUCGUCACUACUGCAACGGACUGGUGUCAAUAUUGAAGAAAAUAUUCUUCUUUGUCUGGUUGAUGUAUGGCUUGACAAGGUAGACAAUGUCUCUUCACCCCAGAAGAAAAUAUUUGGCCUAGCACUUUCCAUAAUAUUGACUUUAAGGCUGCCUCAAGUUCUAGACAAACUUGAUCAGAUAUUAAGUGUCUGCACUAGUGUAAUUUUGGGAGGGACUGAUGACUUAACUGAGGAAGAGUCAAGUGGUGAUAACAUGAGCUCUAGCAGGUGUCAUGGCGAGGGUUCACUUCCCAGUAAGGAGUUAAGGAGAAGACAGAUCAAGUUCUCGGACCCUAUCAACCAGUUGUCAUUGGAAAACUCAGUGAGAGACAAUCUUCAAACUUGUGCUGCCCUUCAUGGGGAACCGUUGUUUAAUUCUGCCAUUGGUAGGAUGCAUCCUUCAGCUUUUGCACAAUUGAAGCAGGCGCUGAAGAUGCCAUAGGCAGCCUGGACAUUCCAUUUAUCAAAUGAUGUCUCCUUUUACCGGGCGAUUAUCAUUAUUUUUCCAAAAAUUGGGAAGAUCAUUUAGGUGACAUUCAUACUUUUUUUCUUGAGCUGGUUUGGAUUGGUUUCUACAUUCUUUAUAUUUGGUUUCAUGGUUGCUUUGGCUGGGUGUCGAUUUUAUUCAUAAGUUAAUUUUUGGUGUAUAUGCCACAUGGGCAACAGGCAAACAUUGUAUAUAGCUUGCUGGUCCCUUGCCUGCCUCCGUAUUUAAAGCACAAGGGUCGGCGAAUUGAGUUCAUGGUAUGCCAUUUACUCGCGAGUGCAAUGGAAAAAAUUUUACAGUUGAAGAAAAAAUAAAAUAAAAUGUGGAGAUA